AUGGGAAUAAUCGGUUCAUCGUUAUCUAACAAUCGAGAUGAUUAUUAUAAUGAUGGUCCACGAACAAUAUCAUUUGAUAAUCCCAUCAUAAAUAGAACAAAUAACAACAACUUUUGUGAAUUAAUAUCGCAAGGACCAAACAUAAAUAUUCAAAAAACAUCCGUCGUAAGAAAUGCACUUAACUUACGUAGAAAGACAUUAAAAAUUAUAAAUGUGGGAAAUAAUAAUUAUUUAAUUAAUUUCAUUUUUGAUGCCUUACAUGACGUAGAGGUGUCUAUUUAUUUUUGUUGUAAAGAGCAAUUAACAGAAGCAAAAGAAACCAUAUAUUGUCCUACAAAGUAUCAAACGAUUACUAAAAUAUUUCCCAAGAAUUUAAACCAAGUUUAUAUGAGUGAUUUAAAUGAAGGAAUAAAUUUGAAUAACAUAAAUAUAAAUGAUAUAAAAUGUAAACCCAGUUAUGAAUAUAUCGUUCCUAUUUUAAUAGUCCUCAAAGCCAUUGAUACACCCAUACUUCAGGCUCAAUACAACUAUGCUUACUUACAAGAAAAUCAGAUAAACGACAAUAAAAAUAAUCAAGAUAAAUAUAAAAUAAUUAUUUACAGACAGAAAAUUCAAUUUGGUAACAGAUCAUUUGAGGUUCAAGAAAUUUUUGGCAUAGAAAAAUCUCCAGAAACAAAAACGGAUCCUGUAAAUAAUUAUUUGUCUGGCAGGGAAUGUGUAAUAUGCCUGACGGAUGAAAGGGACACUGCAAUUUUACCUUGUAGACAUAUGUGUCUUUGCAAUGUGUGUGCAAAUGUUGUUAGGAUGCAAAAUACGAAAUGUCCCAUAUGUAGACAAGAUGUUCAAGGACUAUUACAAAUAUCCAUUGAUAAAAAGGAUAAAAAUGUCAACAAUUAA